UCAGUUCCUGAUAUGCACCGACCGAAUUUUCGACCCCCAACUCCUCCGUACCCCGGCCCGGGGGUAGGAGGCUGGGGUAGUGGAAGCAGCUUCCGGGGUGCCCUGGGCGGGGGGCCGCGACCGCCCUCCCCGCGGGACGGGUACGGGAGUCCGCACCAAACUCCGCCGUGCGGGCCCCGGGCUAGGCCGUACGGGAGCAGCCACUCUCCGCGGCAUGGCGGCAGCUUCUCGGGGCCCCGCUUCGGGUCUCCGUCCCCGGGCGGCUACCCAGGCUCCUACUCCAGGUCCCCCGCGGGGUCCCAGCAUCAGUUCGGCUACUCCCCAGGGCAGCAGCAGACCUACCCCCAGGGUUCUCCAAGGACAUCUACACCAUUUGGAUCAGGGCGUGGUAGAGAAAAAAGAAUGUCUAAUGAGUUGGAAAGUUAUUUUAAGCCUUCAAUGCUUGAAGACCCUUGGGCUGGCCUAGAACCAGUGUCUGUAGUGGAUAUAAGCCAACAGUACAGCAAUACGCAAACAUUCACAGGCAAAAAAGGAAGAUACUUUUCUUAACUUUUCUGAAAUUCAACUGGAAGCUUCAUGUGUCAGGAACAUCUUGGACAGAACUUUACACAACUUGUGUAAAUGAGUUGAACCCAAAGAUGCCUGUGCUACGUGGUGGUGGCAUGCACCUUCAAUGCCAGCACUGGGAGGCAGGCAGGCGGAUCUGAGUGUGAGGCCAGCCUGGUCUACAGAGUGUGUUUCAGGACAGCCAGGGCUACCAGAGUAACCCUGUCUCAAAAAAAGAAAGAAGAUGCCUGUGAUCAAGGGAUCACAACAAUUUAAUCUUUCUCCCAUUUUACAAAAGAAACCAAUGGUAAGAUUUGUUUUCCAAAAUGGGCUCAACAUUUCAAGUCCCAUAUACUCUUGCAGAAUUCUGCCACUUCCCUAUCAAGAGGAUGUGUCGAUUUGAACUUUAUCAAACAUUUCUUACUGUCCUGAUUAAAGGAGUAUGAUGAAGUUUAUUUUUCUUAUGAGUGAAACAUUUCAUCCACUGUUACACUUGCAUAUGGAAUGUUCAGAGUUGAGAUGUUUUGACCAGUAAAGGAGAUGGCAGUGUG